UUUUUUUUUUGUUCUUUUAGGCUGGAUUUCAAUCCAUCCAUCACUACCCUACAACUUACUAUCACACACACAGACACACAAAAGAAUCUUGUUGAUGACUUCAUCACAUGGAUUAUUGUUCAACAGACAAUCAAGUGUUCAUCAGAUUCUUGGCGCUGGACUUUUUGCAGAUGUGAUUCUAUGGAGGCAAAAAAAUGUUACGCUGAUGAUACUGAUACUUACUUUAGCAUCUUGGCUGAUGUUUGAAAGAUCCAAUUACACGUUAUUAUCUUACGUCUCCAAUGUUCUCUUACUCCUGCUUACAAUUCUUUUUCUUUGGGCCAAAUCGGCACAACUUCUCAAUAGACCCACACCACCAAUUCCACACUUGCAGCUUUCAGAAGAAACCAUAAAUGAGGCUGCAACUCUGAUCCAUGAGAGAAUUAACACAAUGCUAUCUGCAUCAUAUGACAUUGCACUUGGUAAAGAUCCAAAAAUGUUUGCUAGAGUGGCGGCAUAUUUGGUUCUGAUCUCCAUCAUUGGAAGCCUAACUGAUUUCCGUACAUUAUGCUACACAGGCGUUGUAGCUGUUCUUACGGUUCCAGUAGCAUACGAGAGACAUGAAGAACAUGUUGAUUCAAGUAUAAAGACGGGAAAUAUGAAGUUGAAGCAGUUGUAUAGAAGAGUUGAUGAGGAAUGUAUAAAGAAAGUGAGGAAGUGGAUUUUGGAGAAGUAUAAACUAAGUUGACCAAUUUACUUUCUUUAUGGUGUUAUCUACUUGUAAUUAUCUUCUUUAUGUGGAGAUAAUAAAGGUUUUGGUUGCAAAUAUGUUUACGAAUACAAGUUGAGAAAUGAA